AUGGGCAAAGUAUUGCAACAAUGUCAAAUCAUAGUGUGGGAUGAAUGCACCAUGGUGCAUAAGAAAUCUUUGGAAGCCCUUGAUCGCACUUUACGGGAUUUAAGAAGCAAUAAUAAAAUAUUUGGAGGUGUAUUAGUUUUAUUAGCUGGUGAUUUUCGUCAAACACUUCCUGUUAUACCGGGAUCAACACCAGCUGAUGAGCUAAAUGCAUGUCUAAAAUCAUCAUACCUUUGGCGACAUGUUCACACUCUAAAAUUAACUACAAAUAUGCGUGUUCAGUUGCAACAUGAUGCUUCAGCUUCAACUUUUUCCAAACAAUUGCUUGAUUUAGGUAAUGGAAGAAUUCCAAUGGAUCCUAAAACAAAGUAUAUAAAAUUUCCAUCAGACUUUUGCAGAAUGACACAAUCCAAAGAAGAAUUAAUAAACUGUGUAUUUCCCAAUAUCGUGCAAAAUUUUAAAAAUAUGCAAUGGUUAUGUGAACGUGCGUUACUGGCAUCCAAAAAUAUUGACGUUAAUUCCAUCAACAGCAAUAUCCUCAACAAGAUCGAUGGGAAUCUAAGAACUUAUAAAUCGAUCGACACAGUUUCAAAUAUUGAGGAUGUCGUCAAUUAUCCAGUCGAAUUUUUAAAUUCGUUAGAUUUACCCGGCUUUCCACCACAUGACUUACAGUUAAAAAACGGUGUUCCCAUUAUUUUACUUAGGAAUAUUGAUCCUCCACGACUUUGUAAUGGCACUCGACUAAUAGUAAAAAAAAUUAUGAACAAUCUUAUCGAGGCGACCAUUAUAACUGGAAAGUUUAAGGGAACUGAUGUUGUUUAA